CAAAAAAUGCUGCACGCGAUGUUACCAAAUCUGCCGCCUUGGAACCGGAAACAGUGGUCCAGCAGAACACGGUUCAGCCAACGUCGCCACCAAGACCAACCCCUCUACUGUCGCUGAAUAUUCCAACACAACCGCCUAAUCGCUCCUUGGAUGAUCCGAUGGAUGUAGACCAAGAAUCCGAUCCUAGUGUUUCUCAACCGAAAGAGAAACCUAUCGUGGAAAGCAUACUCCAGAGAGAUCACACCUCAUCGCUGUCUCCGUUGUCUGAAGUUCCAACAGAGAAAACCGGAACCCCGCUCCAGGAACCCGCUGUCCUGUCUGAAGCUGAAGCCUCUGAGGGAUCUGAAGCUGCAUCACAGAAGCCAUCGACGCCCAUGCAGAACUUCAGCCGUUCGCUCUUGCUUCGAGAGAUCAAUGGCCUCGCACUCCUUGCGCUUAAAGAAAAGCCAACAAUGGCAGAGAUCGCGGAAUGGUUUUGCAAAACUCUACCUUCUCACAAGAAAGCUAAUAUGGUGCGCUUGAAGAAAACCCUAGGCCCCGUCCUGACUCAGCAUAAACAUUUCUUGGGCUCCAGUGAAGGAGGAGAUAGGAAGCGAUGGCGAUUCUCGGCUCGAGAAAUCAAACAAAUGUAUGCGAGAGAUCUGGCAGACUGCUUUGAGGCUGCUUCAAUACCAUCUCCGAACCAAUCUCCAUCGGGGUCCGAAGAUGAGAGUCUCGAAAUCGAGAGAGAAAGCGACUUCCAACUGACAGCCAGUUCACCGUUGGCUUCAUCGCAAGGAGGCUCUCAUUGGCAACAAGUCACACGCGGAAUCUACAAACUGAGCAAAGGCCCGGCUCCAAACGGCGAUUUGGAGGUGUAUUCUCGGGCUCGAACGGUUCAUCUCAAAGACGAAUGUUACUCAACUGAGAGCGAGGUGAAAUAUUCUCAUCCCGAUGGGAAAGGCGACGGAAAGGAAGCCUGGGGCAAGAUUGACCGGAUUGAGCUGCUGGACAAUGGCCGUUGUCAAAUUAGGACGCUCCGAUAUGUCGAUAAGAACGAGGCGAGUGCCCUUGGCUGCAAAAACCUCCGAGAGUGGCCUCGCAAUGUCAGGUACAUGAGGAGGAGACAGUCGGUCAUGGACGAGAUUUCUGGUGAUGAUCUAAGAGGCUGUCUGUCUCCUCGGGAGUCUAACAGUGUGUCUCCGGCGCUCUAUCUCUCCCUGGAAGACAAGUGCAAGAUUCGGGUAGAUUACUCAGUAGUCGGCGAUAAUCAAAUGCGCCACGGUGUGGACUGGGUUGAGUCAAGCAGCGACGUCGAAGAUAUCGGCACUUUACCAGAGCCUUCUCCUCGAAACCGCACAUCAAACAAAUCGCGAACCCUCCAAGAGCAGGCUUCUGGAGGCCAUCAGGAGGAUCUCGCUUCUUCGAAGGACCAAGUCGCUCAGCCUGUGCCAACAGACAAACAUCCUAAGGAGCUUAGUGCCCCGCUAGUCACUCAACCUGAUGAGGGAAGUAUGGCCGUUCAGUCAGACCCGAUAUCGCCAAAUCCAUCUGUGCGCUCUUCUGGUAGAGGACGCGACACUAUGCGGACGGCUUUAACAUCGUCAAUCGCCACAGACAGCACUCCGCGUUCUGAACCGCUCUUCGUUCCAACCACAAAAAUAUCUCCAAAGCGAGCAAUCGUGUCGAAGGACUUCAAUGCCGCUUUCCCGGAGUACGUAUCUUGGGAUGCAGAAGAGAGAGCGCGUAAGAUCAAGGAGAUCCAGCAGCGGCCGUCUAGGAAGGCGACAUUUGGCAAGAAGCUAGCAUUCGCGCGGACCCAUCGCUCGAAUCCUCACGUUGAGAUAGAGCCACCGAAGAAAUUGUUGGCGAAGAAACCACGCAGCUCGAGCCCAGAAGUGGUUUCCGACAAGCAACCCAGUGGAGAGCUUUCUGAUAGCUCCGAAAGCCAGAAAGAUGAGCAGGAGGAUGGUAACGGUCUCAAGAAGCUCCUCGGUCUUCCGCCCUCUUUCAUCCCAAUUGUAUACGAAAACCAGCUUGCUUUCAGAGAUGGAACACUGGUAAGUUGAGACAAUGUUCCCAUUGCUCUGCUGUUACUAAUCCUAUCAUAGGUUAACGGACGACUACCGAGACCAAAAGCUUUCUACAAAGUGGGCCGCAAUGUCGCGGGCCAGCUGAUAUAGAUGAGCAUGCUACACGAAUGAUACUACACUUCCCUUUGUACCAUACAUCACAAAAGCAUAAAAGCAUGAUGCAUUGAGCGAAGGCGUUAGCUAAUGAUUGAAAUGAAGGAUUCGGAUACCCUUAGGUGAUUUAAAUUCUGCAAGCUCCAAAGAGGUGAAUAAUGCGUGAAAGU